CGGUUGCCGUAGGCGUGGAGGCAAGAUGGCAGCCCCCGCCUUCACCCGUGCCGUGAGAGCCGCGUCAGGAAUCUUACGGCCCCUGAAUAUUUUGAUGUCUUCAGCCUAUGGAAACUGUGCCAAGAAUGCCUGCCUUAGUUCUGUACUGUCCACCCGACAGUUUCGUUAUAUGCAGACACCAGUUGUUUCAUCUGCUCCCAGACUUACCACAUCCAUCAGGAACCUGACAUGUGGGCAUACUGCAACAAUCCUCAAUAGAGUGACCCCCUUGCUUUCAAAUGUCCUGAAGCUACCAGUCAGAACUGUAACGUACUUCAGCGCACGAAAAGGCAAGAGAAAGACUGUGAAAGCUGUCAUCGAUAGGUUUCUUCGACUUCAUUCUGGCCUUUGGCUAAGGAGGAAGGCUGGUUAUAAGAAAAAAUUAUGGAAAAAGACGCCUGCAAGAAAAAGACGCCUGAGGGAAUUUGUGUUCUGCAAUAAAACCCAGAGUAAGCUCUUAGAUAAAAUGACAACGUCUUUCUGGAAGAGGCGUAACUGGUAUGCUGAUGAUCCUUAUCAGAAGUAUCAUGAUCGAACAAACUUGAAAGUAUAGACCAAAAAUUUUAUGAUUCUCAGUUAUUGAAUAUGUAUAUUUGUGUAUGUGAUGUCUUUGCAAAAAUGAGUAAGUUAAUACUUGAUGUAAAUUAUGCCAACUGGCAUGGAAACAUAUGAUACCAAUAUUAAACUAUGAAAGUUUUAAAACUUAAUGGAUUAAAUAUUCCCAGAUCUGUUCAAGAACAGACAAGUUUAAAAUUGUUGAUUAUUUUAACAAAUGGUAAUGGCUUAAUUAGUUCUUCCAGUUAGGCUUAUUUAGUUGCAAGGAAUCCAAGUUAGGACAGACAUAGGAAGACUAUAAAAAGCAAGUUAACUGAAGCAGUGUGACAUUAUUUUAAGGGUGCGUACCUGGAAACUCAGGAACCACCCCACCAGCCCCAUCUCCCACCAGAACUAACUGCCAGGCAUCCGGAAGAGCAGAAAUUAUAUUGAUCCACCUCUAGGGGCCUCAGCAACAGGAAGUGGUGGGUUUUUAGAUUUGGGGUCUGCCAUGUGUGUGAGUCAGUUCCUACUCCCUCAUGGUAACUCUAACGUGCACCUUUCAGGUUGUUUUCUACAUCAUGAUCCUCAGCCCCUACUCCAAUUCCUAAUGUCAAGAGCCUCAAACUACUCCAGCUUAUCUUUUUACACCAGGUCUCAUCAAGGAUCAUUGACCAAUGUAGGGACUGGCUGUUCUUAGGUCAGGAGCCCACCCUGGCCCACUGGUUGUGUUAGCAGGUUCACAUGAAGCAAAAAGUAGUUAUGUGAGCAGUUUCACUUAAAGGUAGACAAGGGAUGGCAAUACCCAUUGUGGCAUACUAGGCUCAUUGUGCUCAUUACUGUUCUCACUUAGUUUAUUAAAAUAGGAUUUUUUAUGGAAAGGAGUAUAUGAAAUAGUCUUUCAGUAUGCCCAUUCAUGAAAUAGAAGAGGCUGUACAAGUGAACACAACUUCUUACCCAAAAGUUGAAGAUGCAGUAUUUUCUAAAAGUUAACCUACUUCUCUAAUAGUAGAAAAGUAGUCUAAUAGAAUUAGAUUCCAUAUUUCUAAUUGUAAGGAUAAACUUUUUCAAACUUUCCAAAGAUGCAUUGUAUAAACUAAGGGGAGAAAAGUAAUCUGAAUCAUUUUAGAAAUGACACGAGUUCAGCAUUGUUCCAUGAAGAGGGUCUGGUAAGAGGCACUGAGAAAAAUUAAAUUAACUGAGUAGUUAGAGACUAGGGCAGUGGUUCUCAGCUCUCCUUUCAGAAUCAUCCGGGAAGCAUUUUCAGACAAACAGAGCACUUUGCCUGGUUGAAAAACCAUCCAGAGCUCCCUCAACUUACAGGGUUAUAUUCUAAUAAACCCAUUGUAAGUUGAAAAUUUCCUAAGUUGAAAAUGCAUUUAAUAUGCCUAACCUAUCUUACAUCGUGGCUUAACUAGACUACCUUAAACAUAUUCAGAACACUUAAUUAGCCUAAAGUUGGGCAAAAUCAUCUAACACAAAGCCAAUUUUACAGUAAAGUGUUGAAUGUCUCCCGUACUUGAAUAAUAUACUGAAAGAGAAAAACAGUGGUUUUUUAGAAUCAGGUGAGUACAGAAUGGUUGUAAAUAUAUUGGUUGUUUAACCUCAUGAUCUCGCUGACUGGGAGAUGGGGCUCACUGCCACUGCCCAGCAUCACAGGAUAGUAUCCUAGCACUUACUGCUAGCCUGGGAAAAGAUCCAAAUUCAAAGUUCCAAGCAUGGUUUCUACUGAAUGCAUAUUGCUCUCACACCAUUAAAGUUGAAAAAUCAUAAAUUGAAGCAUCCUAAGUCCGCAUCUGUCUGUGUUAAACAGAACUACACCUCAUUCCCUCUUCAGAUUCUUUAAUAUAAUAGUUGAAGAAGAAGUUCUUCUAUUGUUAAAAGAAUAAGGUAAAAGAUGACCAAAUUGGAGUUCUGUGGCAUGUCAGAGUAGGAUUAUAAGAGGAAUUCCUUGAAGCCAGCAUGUGGUAGCAGGGCUUAUCAUUGACACUGACUUUAUAGUUUGGCAUUGAAACACCUUUCAUUAAAAUAAAUGGUCUACCUAAAUACAUUCAACUGUAUGUAAAAGUAUAGCUUAUUGAACACCUAUUUUGUCCCAGCGGAAAGAAGGGCAUUUAACUAUAGAACUCAUACCAACCUUGCAAAGGAGCUAUUAUUUGUCCGUGGUUUAGAUCUGAAGAAACUGAAGCUUAUGGAGGUUAAGUAAAUUAUGCAAAACAACAGCUAAGUAGCAGAACCUAGGUCUAACUUCUUGGAAUCCCAUGAAUUUCCCUGAAGUCUUCUAACAGUAUAUGACAAUAUCUAAUCAACAAGUGACUAAUCUAGCACUAUAAAUAAAAUAUUUCAUAAUACUGUACCAAGUCAGCUUUUAAAUGUAACUUUGUUCUUCUGUUGUUUGUUACCUCUUAACCUGGCUAAUCUCUAUUCGGUUGACAUUGGACUUGACUCAGUAAAUGAAUAAAUGACUUU